AUAGAAAAUCAAGAAAAAAUGACUUUCUUACGUAUAUGAACAGGUAUUUACACACACACACACGCGCGCGCGCGCGUGCGUUUUAUGUACGCAAUAUUAUUAACGGAAUAUGCUUGGUAUGACCAAAAAACGUCAAGAUUAAAUUUAUAAAAAAUGUUCUUGUAAUCACACAUAUAUUAAUUCUAAUAUGUUUGUAAUAUCUAGGUUUAAAUAAUAGAUUUUGAUUUACAUGUGAAUUAUCAUUUUCUAUAAAGGACGAUGUUAAAAAUCGGCCGAUUUUUGCUCCCAAAGGUGUAAGUAAAAAAAAGUAGUGUUUUUUACAGAUUUUGACCUCCUAAAUACAAAACAAAAUUAAGGGCGUUGGGAAACGUGAAAAUUGAACAAGAAUAUGGUAAAUUGUAGAAAUUUGAAUGAUGGAUUAAGCCAUUACAAAACCCAUCUGUAUGAGUUUUUUGAGGAGAUUAAAAUGAAAAAAGUUAAAAAAAGGUAUGUUUGUGUGUGUUCGUAAGGGAAAAUGUAAGCAAUUAAGUGUGGGAACGGAGGAACUUGCAAAAAUCUGCAAAUAACUUGAAGAAUAAGAACUUUUGAUUUGUGUAUACAAGAUGUUAUUUUCUUUUAAUUUUAUUUUUUAUUUUCUACUUAAUUAAAAUGUGAAAAAGAAGAGAAAAAUAGAAUAAACAAAAAAAAAAUAUAUAAAAAUAAAAAUACAAAACAUUAAAAAACGAAAAAGAAAAAUGGAACCAAUAUCUUGUCGCAUCCUCGUUCCAGGUUCGACUCAGAACGAGAUUAAAAGAAGCAAAAGAUAAAAGAAGAUAAUUUUGGGAAGAUAAAAUGGACAAAGCAUACUCACAUACGGUUUACAAAAUCAUAGCAAGUUUACAAAAUGACAUAAGUUAUAUUAAAUAAAUCAAAGAACCUACAUAGACAACACACAUGUCUAAAAGACAUCGAAAAGAUGUCUGAAAAGAGACGUUUUUAAGACACUGCCAAAAAGACGUCUUUAAAACAACUUUUGGUAAUUUCUUAAAGACAUCAAGAAGACAUCUUAAAAGAGAUGUCUUUAAGACGUUACUGAAAAAACGUCUUUAACAGGACUUUUAGUAAAAUCUAAUAGACAUCCUUUUUUAAGACUCUGAGAUAAUAGGUUAAUUUUCUGACAGCUGUCAAUAUGACAUAUACGUACUAGGUAACGUGUAAUUAUAUAUUUACACUUAUAUACACAAUCAGAAGUUUAAUUGCUUACAUUAUCACUUACAAACGCACACAAAAUAUACCUUCUUCUUCCUUCCUUCUCUUCAACCUUAAAAAAAACUUAUAUGGGUUUUGUAAUGGCUCAGCUCAAUACACCAUCCUUUCUACAAUUUACCACUUUCUUUUUCUUGUUCAAUUUUCACGGUGUUCCCGAACGCUCACAUACUUCUCAAUAUUUUUUUCGUAUUUAGGAAGUCAAAAUCUAUAAAAAAUACUAUUCUUUUCAUUUACACCUUCCAAGGCAAAACCAUUUUUAACAUCUUCCUUUCUGUUAAUUUUGUUCAGUUAAAAUCCAUACAACAAGUGCAAAGUGUGGAAAAGAUAGUUGUUGCAGCCACGGACUUCCAACUUUUAAUGCAUCCUUGCUUCAUCUUUUGCCGAAUUCUCGGACUGUUUCUACAAACUCAACGCUUCAACUUUCGAGAUUUUUAAACCGCGCUAUGUCUUGUCCAUUGUUAUCUUCGUUCCAUUUUUAACGAAAUAAUCAUUCACAAUUUAACUUAUAAAAUCAACUUGGGAAGCUUAACUAGAACUCUUGAGAUAAUCUAUGUUUAUAUAUUCAGUAGUUUUUUAUUGAUACCGCGGCGCGAAUGCGCAUUUGCUACAGACUCUUUUAAAAAAUUCUUCGAAAUUAUCCCCAAUAUCAAAACAUAUCCAAAUUGACCCACAUGAAAAACAUUUUAGGUACCAUUAUCCUCUUUGUGCGAAUAUGUAUAUAUUUUUAUAAAAUAUAUGCCUUUGAUUAUUUGAUUUGCUUCAUCGUAGUGUCCAGUGUAUUAUACAGCGUUUUGCUAAUGUUUCAAAUAAAUAUGCUGUACGUAAAUUGUACUUAUAUAUUAAAGACCUGUUUCAAGAAUAUUAAUUAUAACCUAAGGUACAUGCAAAAGCUCUUAAUAAAUAAUACAAAACCAUGUGUUUCCGUGUUUAUCUCUAACGUACAAAAAAAUCAAUUUGUUUCUAACAAAACUCAAAACUGAGUCAAUAGCAUUUAAUGAUGAGUGACAUUACAAAUGCUGAACGUAAUCUUUAGUUUGUAAAUUCUUGCUACUAAUAAUCUUUUCCAACAUCACAUUUGCACUGUACUUCUAUGUUGUACGUUGGCAACAUAGAAUAUACAUUGUUUUCUAUAAGAAUCUUUUUGAGGUAUUUUUAAUAAUGAUGAUAUAUCACGUUAUAGUGAUAGUAUUACUUGUGUAGGCCUGUGAAACGGAUGAAAAUCAAGCUCAAGAAAUCUAUACCACCAUUUAUGAUCUACUCAAUAAUACUAGGAAUAAAAAAAUCAAACAUGAGAUAUAGUUAUACGUGUAAUUUAUAUACUUUUUUAAAUAUAUAACGUGUAGGUGUAUUAGCACUAAUUUUUAAACUUACUGAAUGCACUUUUCAAUUUUAUGUUUUCGUAAUGCACAAUACUUCGUAUUGCACAUUGAAAAUGUACGAUACUGAAUUAGAGAGUUGUUAACUAAUCUUUAAGAAUCACUAAUAUAUAUAAAAUAUGUGUCCGCAAUUUUGGCUAAUUUAAUAUAUUGUUAGUACAUGAAGUGAUUAUACAUUAUUACAUUGAGCACUGUAUUUCACAGAUGACAGAUCGAAUAGCGUCAUGGUUACGUUACGACUAACAUACGAUCGAGUAAUGUUACACUUGUUGCAGUAAUUGCUCGCAGUAUUAAACUGGAACUUGUUAGGUGUGGAUAAAAAGGAAAAUUGUUUGAAUUAACGCGUUUGGCAGUGAAAGAAAUAAGCCUAAACUUAAAAUCUUUCGUAAUCAUACUAAUAUUAAUCCAAAGAGUGCAUUCAUAACAUUAAUAAUUAAUAAUUAUAAAAUUAUAGAUAUAUAAUUUAAAUAAUUCUUCGUCUAUACAUAAUAUUUAAUUAAUUGCAUUCAGAUCCCUAUAAAAUUUCAAAAAACCAAAGGCAAAAUGGGAAAAAAAUGGCUGUUCCACGCUACGGAUUUUCAAACAUUGAUGUACCCUUGCUUUACCAUGUGCCGCGUUCUUGGAGCAUUUCCAUAUAAGAUUAAUAAUUCAAUCUUCGCGGUUUCAAAACUAUAUUAUAUUUUAUCAGUUGCAAUUAUCAGUACUUUAUGUAUUGUUGAACUAGAAAACUUCUACGAUUUCAAUGUUUUUACAAAGAUCAAGUUUGAGAUCGUAACUUCUUCUUUUGAGAAUAACUGCUUUAUUAUAUUAACUACUUCUAUGAUAAUCGUCACGUUCGUCUUCAGCAGACCCCGAAUGCGCUUACUUCAGACUAUAAUGGAAAUUUCCGUAAAAAUAUCUCCGCAAUCGUACCAGAAGUUAUCCAGAUUAAUUCAUACUAAGGACAUUUUUGGUUCCCUAUAUCUUACAAGCAUACUUUUGACAUAUAUUUACGUGCAGAGAAUCGCAAUGUUGCACAUGAUAUUUGCAAUAUACAAGACUCUAUUUAUCUGUCAGAUCGACAUGUUAUACGUAAAUUGCGUCUGUAUAUUAAAAGCUUGUUUUAAGGAAAUUGACAUCAAUCUUUUAUGCAUAAAGAAACUCAUAGUAAACGAUAAACUACAUGUUCCUAAAACAAUUUACUACAAACAGAAAAAUCCCUUCCUGAUAAUAAAGCUUAAAACUAUAAAAAAGCAACAUCUGAUAAUUAGCAACACAGUAAAAGUGCUAAAUGUAAUCUUCAGUCUGCAUCUUCUUCUUACAAUAACAUUCACUUUUAUUGCAAUUAUUUUGGGACUAUAUUUGCAUCUAUUGCGAUGGCAUGAUGAGUUCGGCAUAGUGGUCAUUGAUAAAAACGGUUAUUUUACAUUUUUUACAUCCAUUGUGUAUGAGAUUAUAAAAAUGACACUAUUUGUGUGGAUCUGCGAGACUGGCAAGAAUCAGGCUCAAAAUAUCGGCACUACGAUUCAUGACGUACUUAACAAUACCAAAGAUCAACAAAUCAAAGAUGAGUUGCAGUUGUUUUCCUUGCAAGUAUUGCAUCUCGAUAAUACCUUUUCCGCCAAAGGUUUUAACGUGGACGCAACGUUUUUCGCUAGUGUAAGUAACUUGCUUGCUUUAAUUAAUAAAACAUAUCUUGUUAAUUUUUUUAUCUUGCUUUCAGAUGAUAGGUACCAUAACAACAUAUAUGUUCAUUUUACUACAAUUUUUUAUCAUAUCACAUUCUUGCGAUGGAAAGUCGAAAAUCAAUAUUACAUAAGCAUUGUAAUUUCAUGAAAGAAAAUAGAUAAUAAAAAAAAAUUACUUUCUUACGUACAUGUACAGGUAUUUACACACACACACACACACACAUACG